CAGGAGCAGUACACAUGAGUUGUCAAACAGGUUUGUCUUGCGCUGCUAAGAGGUCUCAAACACGUUCAUGCGGGAGAGAGUCGUCGUGUUUUCGCUUUACUUUAACAAAAACUCCAGCAGGGCCCCAGGAGCUAAUUUAAAAAUUUCCAGGAAGUCUCAAGGAGCUUGAAUUCGGCUGAGAUGCUGAGGUUACAUCUGUUCAAAAUGGCCUGAAGAUGAUGACAAGCCAGCCGUACGCAGGCAACAAUACAUGAUAACGCUAAGGAAAAUACUGUGAAGAAGAUGUGGGCAAGUACAGGUAUAAUUUUAAGUGACAAAAUGCCUGUGGGGACGCUCCAACACCCAGUGAAGCAACCAAUGAGAGCUGCUGUAAUAGUUACACCGCCACGCUUGCGUCCUAAGGGCCCGGUGGGCCCAGAUUUUUACCAGAGAAGACCAAGAGAAGCAGCCAGACCAAAGCAGAGUGCUGUGGAGAGACUGGAGGCAGACAAGGCUAAAUAUGUGAAGAGUCAAGUGGCUCUUUCCAAACAACAGCCAGUCAGACCGCCUGAGGUGCGGAAGCCUCCUGAGGUGCGGAAGCCUCCUGAGGUGCGGAAACCUCCUGAGGCGUGGAAACCUCCUGAGGUGCGGAAGCCUCCUGAGGUGCGGAAGCCUCCUGAGGUUCGGAAGCCUCUACUCAACCCCAACACACCACUGCGCCCCACCAGAAAAGCCCCCACACAAACAAAGGUGAAGCAGGAGGAAGUCCAGCUCGACUUGGAGCAUCUGAGCAACCUCAUUAGUGAUGUUCCAGAUGGACCACAGUCCAGUACAUCUACAGGGUCGGAGGACAGUAAAGCACACAACCCCCCCUGCAAAAUUCCUGCAGGUGCACUAAAAAUAAAGGAAAAACCAUGUCCACCUCCACGUCCUGACUGGUCCAGUCUAGCUAAAGUGAGAUUAAAAGCAUCUGGACCUGCUAAGGUAGAGAGUCCUGGUACUCUUGGGGCUCCAGCUGCAGGGACCGUACGCAGAGUGGACGUCAUGCCCCAGGCUGGCCCUGUGAGGACAGCCUGCAGACCACCUCAGUACAUGCGGCAGCCCCUCCAACCCGUACCUUUACAUUCCCAGUUUCUGCUCCACCCAGGUGCUUCAAAGCUGCGGGACUUCCACCCCAGAACAACACCAGGUUCCUCUCCUCUGAAACCACUUGUUGCCUCAUCAAAACCUGACAACCUGCCCUCCCCUCAUUCCGAGACCCCGGCACCUGCUCCACCACCACCCCCGAACCUUCCUGCUAUCCCUCCACCUUCACCAGCAAUCACACGUUUGUCCUCUUCCAGCUCCAGGAAGCGGCCCUCCUUGACCCGGUCCAAGUCUGACAUGAGUGACCGGUACUCUCGCGCUGGGACUGAGCUGGAGCGCUUCUUUAACCUGUGCGGCUUGGACCCCGCAGAUUUGCAGGAGCUGACCGGUUCCAGCUCCGACAUCGUGUCCCUUGCUCGUUUUCGCAGCGUCAGCGCUCCAGGGUCCGAGUGUGGAGGUUCUGGCAGAGAAGAUGGAGAUGAUGAAGAGGAUGAAGAUGCCGGCAGAGUUGCAGAUCGCGUUCCUUACGGUGUUUCCGUCAUAGAGAAAAAUGCACGAGUGAUUAAAUGGCUUUAUGGUCUGCGGCAGGCCAAGGACAACCCAACUAAAAGCACCAAUUUGUAGAAACUUUAGUUCAAAAGUGAAAUUUUCAACUUCUUUUCUUUUGAAAAUGAACGUGGAUAAUGCCCAGACUUAAGGGUUCCCUUUAUUAGACCGAAGUAUGGAGGAUAAUUUUUUUUUUUGAAGUAAUAAAGUCUGUUUUUUAAAUUUUUCUUUGUUUUUACAGAGUCAGAAAAUUGGAAAUUAAAUUGUUUAAGUCUUUUGCAUUUUUUUUGUAAGUCUGAUGGUUUGGGCUGUUUGCCGUCUCGCUUUGAAGUAACUUUUGUGGUCAACACAUUCUGAUGUAAAUAAGUGGCAUUAAAGCUAAAUAUGGUGCAAGCA